CUGGAUUAACUAACUAGUUAUCCGUUUAUGAACUCUGAUUAUUAAGCCACAAUACUUCAUCAGUUACUUCAAAGCAUAAUGAGCUGUCAACAUGAAAUCAUUCUACAAGAUGGGAGAUGUGCCAUUUGCACCGGCUGUGAUGGCAGGCAUCUCACUGAUCCUUCCACUUCUGAAAAACCCAGCCACUGUCGAAGCUGCAAACAAAGAAGGACUUACGUAUGUCACAUCACAAAUGCGCUACUAUGUCGAGAUGGACUCACUUCUCUUGCCUCAAGACCUGAAGCCUAGCUUGAGGAAUGAUCUUUCUGAGCGUGUGAUAGGCCUUUACAAGGCCAUCAUCAACUUUCAGUUGCGGAGUGUCCUCAGGUUUUAUCGCAGCAGAACUAAAAGCUAUUUCAGAGAUGUCAUCAAUUAUGACAGCUGGGAUGGUCAAUUGGGACAACUUCAAACACAAGAGGCAGAACUUGACAAGCAGUUUAAAACGGUAUUAUCCGGCACAAGUGUCGAGCAACUGAAGAAGCUAGCCACAGAAGCAAAAGAAUUACGGAAAAGGCUGGACUAUAUUCUCCGCGAUAUCCAAAAGCAGAUGCAGGAGCUUGUUAGUAUCGCUCAAAAGAAUGAGGAGCGCUUAUGCGAUGCUGAGGACCGACGCUGUCUAGAGAGUCUCCGCGCCACUGAUCCAGAGGACGAUAACAAGCGAAUUAAGGACGAGAAGGGUGGCCUCCCUAAAGACUCAUAUCACUGGGUAUUCGAUCAUGAUGAGUUUAAAAGGUGGAGGUAUAACGAUUGCCCUCAGCUCCUGUGGGUUAUGGGUGAUCCUGGAAAAGGCAAGACAAUGCUAAUGUGCGGAAUUAUUGAUGAGCUCUCCAAGGAGGCUAAUGAUCCUACAAAUAUCGCAUACUUUUUUUUAUCAAGCAACGACGGCACUUUUGACAAUGAAAAUGCAUGGGUUCAGAAUUCAUCAGCUCAUUCACAUGUGAAAUGGAUUGUAUCGAGUCGAAACUGGCCGAGCAUUGAGAAAUAUCUCGACAAUACAACAGGAAUCAGACUUCAGCUUGAGCUGAACAAAGACAAUCUAGCUGCUGCUGUUGACUUAUUUAUCAAGCAUAAAGUAGAGGAGUUAUCAAAGAGAAACAAAUAUGAAUUGAGAAAGAGAGAGAUUCUUGAGAGUCACAUGUUACUGAAUGCAAAUGGAACCUUUCUCUGGGUGGUCUUGGUUUGCAAGCAACUGAAAGAUGUCCCAGCAAGACAUCUACAGAAAAAACUUAAGGAUUUUCCUCCUGGGCUUGAUGAAGUUUACCGUCGAAUGUUCAGCAAUAUCCAGGGUUUGGAUGACACCGCGGAAUCGUUACAACUCGAUGAACUUCAAGAGAUUGUAAAACUCUGUGGAUCUUUUCUUACUCUGCAAACUCGCACAGUUACCUUAAUUCAUCAGUCCGCACAAGACUUUCUCCUACAACAGGCAUCUGAAAAGCUCUAUCCUAAUGGGAUACAAGUGAUGCAUUACUCUAUCUUCUCAAAGUCUUUGAAACGGGAUAUAUACAACCUCGAAGAUGAUACACUUUCUAUGAGUGAAGUCCAGCAACCAGACCCAGAUCCGCUGGCCUGGAUUCGCUAUGCAUGUAUGCAGUGUGCACUGGGCAGAUCAUCUCAAUGA